GCCAGGUCAUUACUAAUUAACCCCGAGGGUCUUUGGCGUCCCUUACAGUUCUUUAGCUAAUGUUUUCUUCAUCUGGACUCUUUGCUAAUAUAAGUUGUCCCCUACAAAAACGCGGACUUUGUGGCCGGCCUCAUUGUCAGUACAAACAUGCCAGCGAACUGGCUGAGAUGUUUGGUACUUCACACAAAUCCGUUGACAACUCUCCAGGAGUCCAUCUUGGUGUACCAGUGACAGAUGAAACUACAGGUGACUGCCUCCAGGAACUGGAGCGGAUCAACAAGGAGAUUGAAACCGUACAGCACGAAGUUGAACAGGAGCAGAGACGACUGUCACACUACCGGAUCAUACAGGCUGACAGCAGAAAUACUACAGAAACAUCCAAUUUCUCUUUUGCCAAGUGUGUAGCAGUAAAUAAAAAGCUAGAUAGAGAUACUUGCGGACAUUAUAAUUGUGCUAAAGGGCACUCUCAAGCAAGAAAGUAUGUACUUGACAAUUCAAAACCAAGAACUGAUUUGGAGUAUGACCCUCUGUCCAACUUUUCGGCUGAUUUGCGGUCCUACAGCUCAUCAAAUAACGAGCAAAAAGUUAAAAAUGGACAGGGUUUGAAAAGAGAAAAACAUGCCACCCAUAGUGCCCGUAAGCCAUCCCAUCUAUAUCAGAUCCCACUUUCCCGAUCCCCCUCUCCAGAGCACUCGGACCCAAAUGAAGAAGGCAUUCUAAUUAUCGAUAUUUCUCCUUCACCUGACAAAAAGAUAGGUCAAACUCUCACAUCUACCAAUUCUCCUGUCUCCAGUUUUCAGGAUACGACAGAAAAAGUUUAUUGUACAAAAAAUAAUCAAGAUAUUUCUAACGUAUGUCACAACAAAAAUUGUGAAAAUACAUCAGAUGAUGGAAAUGUGAUUGACUUGACUAGAUAUUCUGAAGACGGAGCAACAAGUCCUGAGCUUUCAGAUGAGCUAAGUCACAGUUGUAUUGAUCAGCUGUUGGAAGAAACCAUAAAUGUUGAUGAACUGCCUCAUAUUCCAGUGCCUUGUAGUGGGAAGAUGAAUCCAAUGCAUCCACAGGUUGAUCAUCCCAAGAAAUCUCACUUUCAUAAAACCUCAGGUGCCAAGUCAUUUUCACCAUACAGACAAUGCAUGAAACAAACCCAGAAAAGUGAGCAGCCAGCUCAGAGCAUUACUGAUAACAUCUGGUCUCUAAACAGAAGUCUGUCAUUAGUGCCCCAAAAGAUAUCAAGCAGAGUUUCAGGACAGAUGCAAGAUGAAGAUUCUAUGGAUUGUUCUUCACCUUCACACUCCCAGCGAGUUUCAGCUGGCAGCCUUUGUGAAUCCCAGUAUACUUUGCCUGCCUCAAAUCUAACAAGGGCUCAACUGCCAUCUGAAUCUACUGACCUGCACUUGAUGAAAGAAGAUAAAGAUGUUAUAGUCAUUGUUUCCAGCAGUGAUGAGAUGGAGGAGUUGGACCUUUCUGAUGUGGACUUUUCAGACACGGACCCAGUGGAGGAAUGUUAUAGAAUUUUUAUGGAGGCAAACAAUGAGGACAAGGGAAAUGAAGAGCAACCUGUUGUAUCUUUUGGAAAUGCAGCAGAGGAGAAGCCUGAUGUAAAUGUAAAACUGCAAGGACUGACAGGAAAGAAGAGGGUGGCUCACGAAGCCAAACUUACAGAGCAGCCAGUGGCUAAAAGCAAACCUCAGCCCCAGGUGCUUGUUCCACUGCGUGGGCCUGUGGCACCUGGAUCUGCCUCCCAGUCCACCCAGCUCGCCAUGUUCCGCAAGAUGGAGCAGAAAGCCUCUGUGUUGACCGCUUCAGUGAAGGCUGGUCAGGCCUCCAUCUCUCAGAGGAAGCCAGAGCCUUUGAGCACACCACCUCCUCCAGCUCCCCUGGCAACGCACCCACAGCAGACUCCCUCACAUGACGCAGCUUCUGUAAACUACAUUCCCUUGGGAGCCACAGUGAUUGAUGUGGGCAACAAUCUCCACUUGAUCCUACCUGAGGGGACGGUCCCACUGCCUUCCACUUCCAGCCCAGUUACUUCAGUCCUAACUCCUAUCACACCAGUACAUACAAACCCUGUCAUCAUGAAACAAACAUAUCAGCCACCUGGGCUUACACCCAUUCGACAUCGCACAACACCACCUGCAAUUAUUCCUCCUCUGCCACGUAAGCCUUCACUGAGUUCUGCCUUUGCAACCACAAAUGCAAAUUCAUGUACUCCCACACAAGUCCAUGCUUUGAAGCCAGUGGCUACUAAACGUAAAGCAAAGCAGCAGUGUGAGACGGUGAAAGUGCCGCAUGACAUCAGACAGCGUUAUGUGAACAUGUUCACUGAGGAGUUUCUCAAAACCACAGCAAAUGUAAAUGAUGCGUUUGAGAAGGCACUCACUGAGGAGAGGACCGUGUACAAUCGUAGUGUAAACAAACUCAAAUAUCUGAGCGUUGCAGUGAAUGCAUUGAAGAGGCUUAGAAACCAAAGUGCCGCACCUCCUAAAAAUGAAAAUCGGGUAAACAGCCAACGAUCAAAAGGCAACAUUCCACUCAACCUAGAAAAACUCAAAGGAAACGGGGCAUUGUAUGAGUGUCUGAAGGAUUAUAUUAUGACUGAGGGAAUGCUGAUGGAAAGCAACUUUCCCAUCCAGUGUCUAGAAAAACCUGGGCGUGCUGUUCUUUUUAAUGACAAUAAGAAAAGCAGUUCAGAUCCCUUCAAGAGAAUAUGUUGUCGAUGUGGGUCAACAUACUCUGUGAACCAAACAGGCAAACACACCCGCAAGGAGGAGUGCACUUACCACUAUGGGAAAGGAGUUGAGAAUAGAGUGCCAGGUGGGGUGGAGACCCGCUACAGUUGCUGUGAGGGAGUCAUGGGAGCGCCAGGAUGUCAAGUGUUUAAGUUGCAUGUGUCGGAUUCCUUCAGCCUGGAUGGGUUUGUGUUUACUGGACCUAGAGAUCCCUCAGACACAAGCUGUCCUGGAGUCUACUCCCUAAACUGUGAAAUGUGUUACACCAUUCAAGGUUUGGAGCUGUCCAGAGUGACCGUGGUCAACCCCAGUCUGCAGGUUGUCUACGACACCUUCGUCAAACCUGAUCAUGAAGUUAUUGAUUAUAACACCAGAUUUUCAGGCAUCAGUGAGGAGGAUGUGAAAGGCAACUGCACCUCUCUCCGAAAUGUCCAAGAGACCUUGUUGAGCUUUAUCAGCGCUGACACCAUUCUGAUUGGACAUGGCCUGGAAACAGACCUAUGUGUCCUGAAGUUGAUCCAUGGCAUGGUUGUGGACACAUCAGUGGUCUUCCCCCACCGUCUGGGGCCCCCUCACAAGCUGACCCUGAACAGCCUCACAGCUGAAUAUCUAAGGCGCAUCAUCCAGGAGAGUGUUUGUGGCCAUGACACUGCAGAAGAUGCAGCUGCCUGCAUGGAGCUUAUGUUAUGGAAGGCCAAGGAAGAUGGAAGACUGAAAAAAUAAUGGAAAUAAAGCAAAAAUGUUCCAACACUGAAUACAUAAAAGAUAGAUAUGAAUAUGUCCAAUAUGCAUGAGGGUGUACAUUUAUUUGAUUCUGAUUUGAAUGUUUCCACAAGGUGUUGAGGGCUGUUU